AUGAAGCUCUCACAGACUCGUAUCAAUAAUAACGAAACGAGCGAUAUGUGCAGGCUAUGCCUCUGCACCGACGUCAAGUCUAGGUCCAUAUUUAGGGAAGGACCGACGAGCGAACAUGUACGUUCACGUAUUCUCGAUUGUUGUCCCAUCUCGCUAUUCGAAGACGUUCACCUGCCAAACUCGAUUUGUCGUCGUUGUGAGGACAAGUUAGACGUCACUUACGAAUUUCGGCAGCUGUGCAGAGAAUCAGAGCGCGUGCUACGCGCGCGAUACGAGUUUAAUUAUUUCAACAACACAUGCCACGUAACUCCCCUCAACCGUGAUGUCGUUCGGGGUCGCGACGUUCGAACGGGAGAACGUGGGCGAAUAUCAACCAGUGAUUCGAUCGACGAAGAGAAGCUGGGUAACGAUCACGAGAACGAGACAGCAUCACAUGGAAAGGAUCCGACGCGAUCUUCAUCCGACGAGCGGAGAAUCGAGCGAACGAAUGGAGGAUCUAGAGAAGAAUCGGCUGCGAAAUAUAUAGGAGCUUGUAUUGUGGGCAAUGUGCAAGUUAUUCACGAUAAAUGCGAAGACAGAGACGAGGAGACCGUGAAGCCGAUAGAAUCGUUGGAAGUUCCGUCCGAGGUAGACAGAGAGUUUGACCGAUCAGUGACGAGGACAUUCUCUGUCCUAGAACAGCGAGAAAACGUGAACCUCGGGAAAACAACACGAUCGAUCGACGAUGAACAGGGAAAGCCGUACCUCUGCGACGUUUGCAGCAAAACGUUCGCCUCGAAAUCUGGUUUAAGGUUUCAUCUGAAAUCGCACGUCGGUACAAAGCCUUACUCGUGCCGAUAUUGUAGCAAACGGUUUACGAUUCCGAGUUACGUAAAGAGACACGAGAGAAUCCAUGGGGGUGACAAACCAUUCAUUUGUCACGUUUGCAGCGCCGCGUUCGCCUCCUCGAACGGCCUGAGAUAUCAUCUGAGAUCGCACACAGGCGAAGCGAACUAUCGGUGCGAGAUUUGCGGCAAAACGUUCUGCCGGCACAAAUACCUGAAGGAGCAUAUCUUCACCCACACCGGCGAGAAACCGUUUGUCUGCCGGAUCUGCGGUACCGGUUACGGUAGUUCCGGUAGCUUGUUCGUUCACGAGAAAAAGUGUAAAUAUAAAUCGAAUGUGGAAACGUACCUUUAG